AUGUCAUCCGGUAGCGAAGAUCAUGGAGAACUUGGGGCGAAUUCACCGGUUCUACUGAGUAAACCGAGAGGAGGAAGGUCGUUACUCGAAGACGACGACGACGAUGACGAUGACGAUGAAGACGACGACGACGAUGAUGAUGUGGUUUCAUCCUCGGAUGAUGAGGAUGAUGAUGAUGUGGUAGAUUUGAUUAAGGAGUCUAUGCCGCAAGAGGAAUUGCAUAGUUUACAUAUGUCGGAUGAUGAUUUGGAGGAUGUGGAGGAUGAGGAUGAGGACGAUGAUGAGAUUGAUUCGGAUGAUGAGAGUGAGUUGCCGAGUGUGCUACCUUUGAGGAUUGUGAGGGAAGGUGGGAAGGCAGAUGGGAGUGGUACUGCACCUGUUGGAGGCCCUGCUGGGGGUAGUAGUACCAGUGCCGGUGCCGGUUCAAGUACUAGUACUACGGGGAGUGGGGGUGGGGGUGGAACUGGGGGUGGAGGGGUAGGAGAUGCAGUAGAGGAAGUCAAUAUCAUCACAUUGGAUAAAAUUGAUGAACAACUGGCGGAUCCUACGAUUGUCAUGAGCAAUGAUUGA